GGGUUUUAUCAAUUCAAUGAAAAGACAAGCGAACCGACACUUAAGAAGUGCUACCCCCGAAUCAUAUAUAAUCAGUUAACUGCCGGCAUUUGAGCACGUUAGAGCCAGUUAGAGGAACGCUACGGUUGGCUCAAAUCAGAAUCCAAAUCAAAAUCAAAAUAAUUCCCGCUCUCGUCACUCGAAUUCGCAUUCGCUGGGAGACUCCCCCAACAAUCCAACCAACCAUACCAACAAAAAUCUGCGAGCUCGAAAUGUCUCUGCAACGCGUUCAUCAGCUGCUCCUUUAUUCGAUCUGCCUGAUGGCGGUGAUUGUGUUUUGUGCACCGGCGGGAAGCGAGUCGCGUCGUGUCAUCUUUUUGGCACCCAAUGGCAUACACCGCGGACAGAUCUUGGCCACGCAUGGCAUGGAGAAGCCUUGCCCCCAGUGCCACAUGCACGAUCAUCGCGGCAAUUGUCGCCGCAUCAUUUCGUACAAUGCAGAUGGCGUGCGCUGCUGAGGUGUGCCAGGAGAAGUGCCAGUGAAAGCGCCAAUAAAAAAAAACGGAAAGCAAAACCAAAAUAAAUCCAUCGAAACGAAUCUCUAACUCUCUCAAAAACCCAACAGCAUUAUUUGUGCUCUAUUUAUUUAUGUUAUUUAUCAGCCUCGCACGCGCUCCAGCACCCAAAAAUACACACACUUACCCCUACACCCACCCC